AUGGACGACAGCACCAUCUUGGCACAGCUCGACCAGGCCCGCGAGUUGGCGUUUUCCAACCGUGAUGUGUUCCCGCAAGUGGUCAAGCAGAUUCUCAACCUCGUGUCCAACCCGUCCGCCGCCGUCCAGCGGUGGUGCAGUGUUUUCUUGAAACAGGCGUUUUCGGCGGCAGACAGCCACGUGCUGCCUGGGGUCAAGGUGGACUUGGCCAUCGACGCGUUGCCGGCGCUCAAGGUGUUGGCCAACGUGCGGGACUUGGACGUGUUCAAAAACGCCAUCGACGUGAGCAUUCUUGUGUUCAAGCUCACGUUUCGGUACGUGGCGGAAAACGACGGCAGCUCGCACGUGUGGAGCGGCGUCAACGACUUGAAGAACGAGUUGGUGGCCAAGUUCGACACGCAGUUCCCCUUCGAGCUGACCUUCGACAAGGAACACGACUCCUUGCGCAACAUCGACGCCAAGUUGGAGUUGCUCAAGUUCGUGGUCACCGUGGUGGACUACCAGCUGCGCUCGGUCUCGAGCAAGCACUACUCGUUGGCCCGCAUCAACCCGAACCACACCUUGAUCAAGCCCGCGCUCAUGGAAAGCGAAGCCGCCGCCUUGGUGGAUGUCAUGUUGCGGACGCUCCAGAACGACAUCUUGGUCACGCCGCUCGUCACCGCCACCCUCAACCACCUCGCCGUGCUUGUGCGCCGCAAAAGACAGUACAUGGACAAGAUCGUGCCCGUUUUGGAGCUGCUCGACACCACACAGAAACUCCAGUCCAACUACGAGUCGCUCGAAACGUUCAAGCUCUCGCGCAAGUACGUCGACCGUACGCUCCGUGUCUUGCUUGGCUACAUGGUCAAGUGCCAGGUUGUUCCGCCCAAAUACCAGGCCGCUGUGAGCCGAAAGCUUUCUGUUCUCACGGCGCGAGGCGACGAGAUCCGCAAAAAGAACAUCUUGUUGCCCUCGCCCGAAGACCUGGCUGUGCGCAAGCGCAAGCUUGACGGCUUCGAAAACAGCUCCAAAAAACUCCGCACAGUGGACUACAAGCACUUGUACUGCUUGACCGAUCCGGCCAACGAACUCAACAACUUUGACUUGUCGACUGUGUCGCAGAACAUCUUGGUGACGAUGGCGCUCACAGCAUUGAACAAGGUGGAUCUGCGCAAGUUGUCCAAAGCGCUCGAAAUCAUCAGCGACCGCUAUCUCGACGCAGUAAAAGAUCUAGUUCCCACAGCAGCUCCGCAAACGAUAAAACAAGAGGACGACAACGAAGACGAUGACGAAGCAGCUGAGCUGUACAACCCAGAAACUACCUUCACCCUCCCGCCUCCGAAGUUGCUUUCUUUCCAAGAGAAAAAGGACCAUGUGGCGCUCAUAAUCCGCAAUUUCUUUGCGCUUGCCAACACGGGGAAACCGGCAGACGACGAGCUUCAGGCUGCCCCCAACGGCAUCAGCAAAGAGCUCACGAAAGUGGCAAUCCAGUCAUGGCGCCAAGACUCGUGGGUGCUUCUUCUUACAAGGUUGGCCACCCGCGGGCUCCAUACAGUGGACUCCGAAUCAGCGGAUGGAAAGGAGAAUAGCGAGCUCAGCGAUAUGGUGAGACGGGCGCUCUUUGACCACUUUUUGGAGAAAAUCCACGAACGCGUAGAUCUCGUGAUUGAAUGGCUCAAUGAAGAGUGGUACAGCGAAAAGGUGGUGAACGAGCAAAAGGCCCGUGAUGAGAUCCGCGAGAAAUGGUUUAAGAAGUACGAGGAAACUCCAAACGAAGUCGACGAUGUCGAGCUCCAGAUUUCCAAAGAGGUCGAAGCUUUGGACAUUCCUACGCCGCGCUACAACGAAUGGGGCCAAAAGGUGUUGGACGCAAUGAUUCCGUUUUUGGAGCCAACUGACCGCAAAAUCUUCCUCCGUUUGUUGAGUGAUUUACCAACAUUGACUCCAGAAAUGGUUCACGGCAUCAAAUCUUUGUGCCAGGACCCUGCACGGACCAAGUUGGGCUUUUUGUCAUUACAAUUUUUGAUGAUGUAUCGGCCUCCAGCCAAACCAGCAUGUUUGGAUGUUUUGCGUGAGUUGGCCGAAGGUGACCAGGAAGAUUUGAAGGAGGAGGCCCAAAAGCUAUUAACCAAAUAUGCGUAG